UAAUAUUUAAUGCUCAGUUUUUCCCUAUUUAGGUACCAUCAAAACAGUAAUUAUUGCUUAUACGAGUAGGUAGCGAAAACAUCCCCAGUGGAAUUAUUUAGACUGAAGAAUGAACGUCGCGUGAGGAACGUGAAGCAAAUGUUUGGGUGGUCUUGAGUUCGCACUGGCGGCAGUUGUUCACGGGAAAGUUUCAGAAGUGCCGGAGUACUGGUUCGCCGAGCCCCGCCACGUGCCGCCGCCUCACGCACGGCACCCUUGAUUCAUGAAUUCCCUAACAUGAUGCCACUGAGCUAUUUUUUCUCUCCUUGGCCUUCACUAUUUAGCAAUAAACCGAGUUAUUGCACUAUAUUCCACAUGUCAGACUUGUUUAUAACCGUCGAGGCUGGUGACGUGGGCAGCACCUCUCCGUGAUGAAUCUGGCAACUCGCAGAUCAAGUCCGGCAGAGACGCUGGUCAAUAGUGGCCGUGGCCGCGGCGGUGGACGGGCCUCGCCAGCCACGCUCGCAAACUUAUUCUGGCACCACCACCAUGUUGCCUUGAGUCUCAGUGUCGUGGAACCUCCGGCAUGAGGGAUGAGGCGAUGGAGAGACUUGCAAGGUGAUAACUGUCGAGUCUGAUGUAGGCGGCGGGCGAGGAGAAGCGACGGCAGCCCGGGCCAGUGUAGCGGCCGGGAACAUGUUCGGGUCGGGGGGCCACCUUGCGUUCAGUCAUGUCUCUCAGCUGCAGGCAAGAUACUUCCCGCUGAGGGGAUGCAACAUGGGGAGCCUGCAGGACCCAAGGAAGGAGGAUGCGGCAGGAUCGGAAAAACCCGGGUAUUCUUGCUACCGUCUGCAGGCCGCCGCCACCGCCUCCGCCCCGGGUACUAGGUCAUCCUCGCCCCCCCACGCCCGCGACCUGUACGGCGUGGUGCGGGAGGCGUGUGCCCAGCAGAACGUGAAGUGGCCAGUGGAGUGUCAGGUAAUCGAGGAGAAGGUGCGUCACUUGGAGGACUGGCCGGUGUAUCCUGAGGAGUUCUACGAGCCGACGGGCACCGAGCUGCGUCCUCAGCCUGUCGGUGACGAGAUGGGGCGCGUCGUGUACCACUACUACCCCACCAGCUCCGUCAACUACUUCUCUCGCUCGUGUGUCGGCGGGAACAAAUACCUGAACGAGGACGUCCGCCCGCCGCUGGAGGACGAGAACGACACCACUCUGCAGUUCGAGUCCCGCUUCGAGUGUGGCAACUUGGGCAAGGCCGUGCAGGUGUCCGAGUGCUACUACGAGCUACACCUGCGGGCGGACAUGUACACCUCGAGACACACCCAGUGGUUCUACUUCGCCGUGUCCAACACCCGGAAGGACAUUACUUACAGGUUUUCAAUUGUGAACCUGACGAAGGGCGACAGUCUCUACAACCAUGGGAUGCGGCCGCUCAUGUACUCUCGUAAGGAGGGAGACCUGCACGGGGUGGGCUGGCGGCGGUGUGCUACCAACAUCGUCUACUUCAAGAACCACGACAGUAGCAACGAUGCUACCUGCUAUGACAGUGACGACGAUGGGGAGGACGACGCUCCUUCGUACACGCUCAGCUUCAACGUGACCUUCCCCCACGACCACGACACUGUGCACCUGGCUCACUGCUACCCCUACUCCUUCUCCGACCUGCAGGAACACCUCCUCUCCAUACAGAACGACCCUUUUAAGGCCAGCGUGUGUCGCCAGCGUGUGUUGUGUCGUUCACUGGCAGGCAACCCCGUCUACCUCUUAACCAUCACGAGCCACGACAACGACGACGACUCGAAGAAAAAGAGGGCGGUGGUGCUGUCGGCUCGAGUCCAUCCCGGCGAGACGCCUUCCUCCUGGAUUAUGAAAGGCAUCCUCGACUUCCUCACCGCCGACCACUCCAAGGCACAUGAGCUACGGAGUCAGUUUAUUUUCAAGAUCAUCCCGAUGCUGAACCCCGACGGCGUGAUAGUGGGCAACCAUCGCUGCUCACUGGUGGGGCGCGACCUGAACCGCCAGUACAAGAUGGUGGUGAAGGAGAUGUUCCCCGCCAUCUGGCACACCAAGGCCAUGGUCAGGAGGCUGAUAGACGAGUACGGCGUAGUAAUGUACGGUGACUUCCACGCACACUCCCGCAAACACAACAUCUUCAUCUACGGCUGUGAGAACCGUCGUAACCAAGACAACCACCUCAGGGAGCAGAUCUUCCCCCUGCUGCUGCACUACAACGGCGGGGACAAGUUUAGUUUCCGGAGCUGCAAAUUUAAAGUGCACCGCUGCAAGGAGGGCACGGCGCGGGUGGUGGUAUGGAUGAUGGGCGUGCUGCACUCCUACACCAUGGAGGCAUCUUUCGGCGGCGCCUCGGAGGGCCCGCGCGCCGGCACGCACUACAACAUCCACGACUUCACCUCGAUGGGCCGCCAGUUUUGCGAGACGCUUUUUGAGUACUUCGACCCGCAGCCUAUCAAGGAGAAACUCAGGAACAAGUUGUGGUCGCGCCUCAUCAAGAAAGGCUCCAGUGCUGACGAACCUGCCUCCAUCGACCUAAGUGAAACCAACUCAAGCAGCGAGGAAAGUGACCGUCAAGUGACACCAGUAAGACUGAGGAAGAAGAAAUUAGUGAGGAACCCGCGGAGGAAAGGCACGGCUAAUCGCACCAGCGUGGCCCAGGUGGUGGAGAGAGUCACCACGCAGAUGAGGAUGGAGAAGUGUGAGCGGCGCAGCAAGAGUUCACAGCACAGUCGGUCCGGGUCAUCGGGAUCGCCGGUGGGCAACUGCCGCGAGUCCCACGAGGGAGGGCGAGGCGUGAGGUAUCGGAGGGACUCAGCGGUGGAUUCUGGUCCUGAGGACAACACACUCUCCAAAUCCCUGCCAGACACAAAGCCUUGCCUUAAAAAAUUGCUGGAGAAGCCGUCGCCUUCCGGCAGCACCCUCGACCUCCACUCAGGCCGCACCAGCCUGAGGCCGACCCAGUACAGACUGGAGGAGGCCUUGCCCCUGCCAUGCUCAGCGCCACCUCUCCGCAGGUUUAGUCACAGCCUAAUCCGUCCACCCUUGCUGCAGUCCUCCUCCACCAGCCGGGAGGGACUCUCCUCCCCUGCCCCACCAGAGAGAAACGCUGCCAGCUCCGUGAACGAGACCCUGGCGCUCAGAUUCCACAGCAACAGACACAGAGAAGCCAACCACAGUCGCGUUGGGGGCGGUGGGGGGCGUGCGGCUCUGCCUCAACUGGCCCCUGCCGACGCUGCGCCUCCCUCUCCUUCCCCAAGACGGGUGCGAUCCAGACGGCCGGGAGCUGCAGGACCUGCCUGUUCACUUGGAGGGGACGACGAAGAGCUACAUGGAGCGCAUGGAGGAGCUCGUGGCUACCAGACUCGCCAUCAGCGACACAGAAGAGGGGAGCGUUGGCGUGUGGUGGGAGGGCGAGGCGACGAGGCUGUUCCAUCACAACGGCAGCGUGCGGCAGCCGGAGGCUCUGGAACCCGUGGUGGCCAAGACGAGAUUGCACGAUCCUCGACGGCUCGUCAGGCCGACUCGCCCACAGCCCAUCGUGUACACCUCAGGCCGUGCCGCUCAUCGCGGGGCAUCACAGCUGCACAGAUCGACGCUGACUCGCAGAGGAAAGCUAAAUGACCAUAUUUUUAUUAAAAGAAGAGAGAAGGAGUACAGCCACCUGCUGCUGCCUCCAGAGACGAGAGUGAGGCGCACCACCGCCGUCCAGUACAUCGAGUCCUCUCCCUUAGACAGUGGCCAUGGCAACGACCACGUGCUGUGGCUGCGCAAGUCUACUGUGGAAAGUACUGAGGAUGUCGGUGAGUCUUUACUGAACGGCAACAUGGGCUAUCACCGAUAUUCCUCGCAACCCACCCAGCUCGGGAUGGGCCCCUGCGAGGAUCUUCAGGUGUCCGGUGAGGAAGUGGUGUUAAGGUUGUCCGUUCCUACCGCCAUCAGGGUAACGUCCCCCAGCAGACGCGGGGAGAAGACACGACGGGGCAGCAGCCGCAAGAGCAGCGGUAAGACCAGCAGCGUGAGGAAAGUCACGAUAAGUGCAGAAGAUGAGGAGCUGUGCGCCGACAUCGCCACUUGCGACACGCUUUUUCUCGACACCUCUGCUCAAGAAACCCCAGAGUUGUUGGCCGCCAGGAACCUAAAGGGCAAGGUGAAGAAGAAGAAGAAUGCCAAGGCUUCGACAGAAAAUAAGGAACGAGUAAGGAAAAGCGAUGAGGUGGACGAGAGAACUGCCUCUGAAGGGAUUGAUGGGGACAGGGAAUCUUGCUCUCUGGAGAAAGUGGAUCAAAAUGAUGAAGUCUCAGGGACCACCCAACCGGACUUGAAGGUGAAGAAGAAAAUUAAAAUCGUCAUUGGAAAAAAGACAAGACCCAAAAUAAGCAAGAAAAUUAUAGUAGAGAAAGACACUUAACGCAAGCAUAUGGUAAGUUCAACAUAAACAUUCACUGAAUACUUCCAAACGUUUGCGAUGGACAUAUUCAUUUAUAGAUAUCUAUCUGCCCCCUCCUACCCCGCCCCGUGCACGCCGGGAAGGUGACGACGCAGCCUCUGAGCGGCAGGUGCCUUAACCCGUCACCACGCCAGAUCCCCGCGGCAACUGCCGUCAAGUGUUCAAUGUAUACGUGACGCGACAGAUGAAUGUUGGCUGACAGAGUGGUGUGUUUAUACGCGAAGACCCUCACUGAGAAAUAAAAUUACAUCAAAAAUUGUUCGUAUCAGUCAUUCCAUUGAAUAUUU